CGAUCCCUCAGCCCCAGCGCUCCGCCGGGCGCGCCACUGCCAGUGCUGCCGGCUCCGGGCUAUGGACGCCCCCGGGGCCCCGACCCCGACCGCCGCCCCGGGCCCGGGCCCGGGCAGGAGGGAGCUGAAGAUCGUGAUCGUGGGCGACGGCGGCUGCGGCAAGACCUCGCUGCUCAUGGUGUACAGCCAGGGCUCCUUCCCCGAGCACUACGCCCCAUCCGUGUUCGAGAAGUACACGGCCAGAGUGACCGUGGGCAGCAAGGAGGUGACCCUGAACCUCUACGACACCGCCGGGCAGGAAGAUUAUGACCGGCUUCGGCCCCUGUCCUACCAGAACACGCACCUCGUGCUCAUCUGCUAUGACGUCAUGAACCCCACCAGCUAUGACAACGUCCUCAUCAAGUGGUACCCUGAGGUCACCCACUUCUGCCGUGGGACCCCCAUGGUACUCAUCGGCUGCAAGACAGACCUAAGGAAGGACAAGGAGCAGCUGCGGAAGCUCCGGGCGGCCCAGCUGGAGCCCAUCACCUACACGCAGGGUCAGAGCGCCUGCGAACAGAUCCAAGCUGCCCUCUACCUGGAAUGUUCUGCCAAGUUUCGGGAGAAUGUGGAGGAUGUCUUCCGAGAGGCCGCCAAGGUUGCCCUUAGUGCUCUGAAGAAAGCACAGCGGCAGAAAAAACAACGGAUAUGCCUGCUGCUCUGACCCCUGGGGGGCACACGGCCCUCACGACAGGACUGACAGGGCCUGGCUCCCCAGGCAGUCUGUCCAGGCAGGAUCCCCAGACCCAACUCUUGAAAGGCACUUGGAGUUGGGCAUCUCCAGGGCCUGGGGC